AUGGAUGAAAUUUUUACUGAACUGUUGAAAAACAAUAAAGAAAACAUUCGAAAUGAAUUUGAUUAUAUGGUAAUUUACGUAUAUUAUGCCAUUGUUCAUCAUCUUCGUAAAUAUGAGAUAAAAAUGAAUAUCCUUCAACUUGCACGCGGCAAUGUUAAUAUCUAUUCAAUGGAUCAUAAUAUUAAGUCACACACAAUUCAAAUAAAAAUGACAAAAAAGCAAGAUAAAUUUUGUAUGAUGGCUUCCCAUACAAGUGGUCUUGUCGAAAAAAUUGAAUUUGUUCUAGCUAAUUAUAUUGAAAGAUGUAAUCAGAUGUUGAACUUUAAAAAUUUAUCCAUCUUGAACGACACAUUGUAUGAAUUUUUGAAUUCAACAAUCGACAUGUUAGAAACAAAUUUUCCAUCGGCUGCAUCAUCAUCAGAUGAUAAUCAACAAAAUUCAACACCAAAUAUAGCACCACCAUUAAAUACUGCUUUUCAGAUACCAAAUAACUUUCCAUCAUAUGAUUUUUCAAAUGAUAUAUUCUACAAUCCUGGUUCUCGACAAUCAUUUAAUGAUGUAGGCAGUUCAGAAUCAAUGAAUCAAUGA